AUGACUUCCACUUACCUCUUGAUGUUUUACCAGCUGUGACAGAGGCCCUUGACUCCAAGACGAAAGUGGAAGAUUUGCACAAGGAGAGCAGACCUUUCCGCUACUGUGAAAAAAAAACCAUGGACCUGUCAGACAGUGACCGUCCUGUCAGCUUCAGCUCCACUUCUUCCUCUGCUUCCUCCAGGGACAGCCACUGCUCCUUUGGAAGCAGAAUGACCUUGGUUUCCAACAGCCACUUGGGCUUGUUCAACCAGGAUAAAGAAACAGGUGCCAUCAAGCUAGAACUGGUCCCAGCCAGCCGAUUUUCCAGCCACAAGCCACGCAAAAACUCCCCUGUGGAGCAAGAGGAUCCUGAGGAAAGCCUUGAAAAAAGGCUAAGCAUGCCAAGGAAAGCAGAACCAAAAGGAGCGAGCAAAAACUGUGCAAUGUCCCUGGUUACAGAGCCCACCAGUCCCAAGCUCCUCUAUGUGGACAGAGUCGUCCAAGAGAUCCUGGAAACGGAGAGGAUGUACGUGCAGGAUCUAAAAAGCAUUGUGAAGGAUUACCUCGACUGUAUCACUGACCAGACCAAGCUCUCCCUGGGGGCAGAGGAGCGAUCAGCCCUGUUUGGAAACAUACAGGAUAUCUACCGCUUCAACAGUGAACUUCUGCAAGAUUUGGAAAACUGUGAAAAUGAUCCUGUGGCUAUAGCAGACUGUUUUGUUUCCAAGAGUGAAGAUUUCCACAUAUAUACACAGUACUGCACCAACUACCCAAGGUCGGUGGCUGUGUUGACAGAGUGCAUGAGGAACAAAACGCUGGCCAAGUUCUUCAGAGAGCGGCAGGAAGCGCUGCAGCAUUCUCUGCCCCUCGGCUCCUAUCUCUUGAAACCUGUCCAGCGCAUCCUCAAGUACCACCUGCUUUUGCACGAAAUAGAAAACCACCUUGACAAGGACACUGAGGGCUAUGAUGUGGUGUUGGAUGCCAUAGAUACGAUGCAGAGGGUGGCGUGGCAUAUAAAUGACAUGAAGAGGAAACAUGAACAUGCCAUCAGGCUCCAAGAGAUACAGAGCUUGCUCACUAACUGGAAAGGGCCAGAUCUCACGAGUUACGGGGAGCUGGUGUUAGAAGGAACAUUUCGCAUUCAGCGAGCCAAAAAUGAGCGCACGUUGUUCCUCUUUGACAAGCUGCUGCUAAUUACAAAAAAGAGAGAUGAGAUGUUUGUGUACAAAGCUCACAUACUGUGUGGAAAUCUCAUGCUUGUUGAAGUAAUACCAAAAGAACCACUUAGCUUUAGCGUCUUCCACUACAAAAAUCCCAAGAUGCAACAUACUGUCCAGGCAAAGUCACAGCAAGAGAAGCGCCUUUGGAUUCUUCAUCUGAAGAGGUUAAUUCUAGAAAAUCAUCCUGCUAAAAUUCCUGCCAAGGCCAAGCAGGCAAUUCUAGAAAUGGAUGCCAUACAUCACCCAGGCUUCCACUAUAGCCCUGAGGGAGAAACAAAAUCAUCAUACCAGCCUAAAGAAGGCACUGCUCCUCACAGAAUGAGAAGGAAGUCAGAACCCUCAUCCAGAGUCCAUAAAGUUUUGAAGUCAAAUG